CGGUGGAUAUCGUCUUCUCCAGCGCAGCUAUGGAAGACAACCCAUGCAACAUCUACCUCAACAGAACUCAAGGCUGCAACUGAAACGCAGGAUAUCAAAGCGUUGGAUAAUCUUCUCAAAGCCGUCAGUCAGUAUCAAGACGCAGUGUUUUGACGAUAUGAUUGCUAAUCUCGAGUUGGCGGCUUUGUAGGCGAGAAGGCUAAUCCUGCUUACCACAAUAUUAUGCCAAUGAGGACGCCAAUGCUGUGGUCAGAAGCACUCUUGAAUGCCACCUCGGCGUCGAAAUCUUCUGGGGACAAUCCCGUAGAAGCUCCUGCGCCCGAGAAAACACUUCCUCCACGGUACAUGCACGAUACAUAUGCCGAAAUCCUUCUUCCGUUUGCGUCAUCUCCAAAGUUAUUUGAGCAGUAUACAAACGCAUGGGGUGGACUUCGGACUGGCAUGCUUAUGGAACAUCUUGACUCGCUGGCUGGAUCGAUAUCUUACAAGCAUAUGUUGGGACCAGGCGUGGAAACGCUUGGUCGUAUACAUGAAAGAGGCUUCUACAUUGUCACCGCUUCUGUUGAUAGACUGGACGUCCUCGCCCCUCUUUCGCCCGUCAGGGACAUCCGCCUGAGCGGCAUAGUUAUCUACACUGGGACUAGUUCCAUGGAAGUAGCUGUCAAGAUGGAAGCUCUCGGGGCAAGCGGCGUGGAGGAUACUCUGCUACUUGGCCGAUUCUCUAUGGUAUGCAGGGACGCCCGAACUCACAAAGCUCGGCCGGUAAACCCACUCAUACGUAGUUCACCCGAAGAGACUGCAUUGUAUUCGAUGGGCGAAAAUGCAAAGAAGCGGAGACGAUCGAUGGCCCUUCGCUCUCUUUCUAAGGUACCUCCCAGUUCUGAUGAAGCGGCAGAACUGCACUCGAUGUACUUGCAAUACGGACAACUUGAAGACAAUGGUCAUCAACUGUCCAACUACGAACGUGUUUGGAUGGGAGACACACAUUUGGAGAAGACCAUGCUCAUGUUUCCGCAAGAGCGCAAUGUCCACCAGAAAAUCUUCGGAGGCUAUCUUAUGCGACUUGCUUAUGAGCUUGGUUUUGCGAACGCAUCACUUUUCACACGUUCGCAUGUAACAUUCAUGUCACUGGACAGUAUCUCUUUCGCAAAACCCGUUCCCAUAGGAUCUAUUUUACGACUGACCUCGCAGGUUCUUCACACUACACCUCCCGGAGAGCUCCCUGGUGUAGUGCACGUUGGAGUCCAAGCUAAUGUUGUCGAUGUGCGAACUGGGCACGAGCAGACUACCAACGAUUUCCGUUUCACAUGGUAUCCGGAUGAUGGUUCCGCUGUCCUUAGAACAGUUGUUCCAAAGACCUAUCAAGAGGCGAUGCUUUGGUUGGAAGGCAAACGAGCACUGGAGAUGGGCGAUCAAAUCAGGGGGGAAAGAAACCAGAAACGAAGCGCCUAGUAGUUCUUCUAAUUGACGUUCAUAAGAGAGGUCCCUCUAGACCAACCUCGCUACAAUAUCAUUUUCGUGCCACUUCAACGAGAAUGAAAUCAAUCAAUUCACCCCUACUACAGGACGUUUAUUGUGAUGGAAGCAUGCACGGAUUGUGUUGUGUAAUGUGCGCCCCGAAAC